AAUGGCAUGUAGGCUUUUCCGGUGCUCCAUUUUGUUAUUCAGUAGUGGCGUGAGCGUGUGGUUGUGUCCAGUAUUGACACACAACCCACCUAAAAAAAAGUGAAAUAACUCAUUUAAAAAUACAAAAAAAAUUAAAAAAGCAAUCAAAAACCCCAAAAAAAUCGAAAAACAGUGGAAAACAAGAGAAAUAACAAACGAUAAAUCUAUUUUUUUCGUUUCAUAUGUUGAGGCAGCAGCGAGUAGCAUUUUGAUACAUCUGUGUAUUUGUAGUGUAGGAAAGAAGAAUGAAUCCCAGUGCCCCAAAUUACCCCAUGGCGUCUUUGUACGUCGGGGAUUUACACUCAGAUAUAACUGAAGCUAUGCUGUUUGAGAAAUUUUCCACUGCUGGACCUGUGCUGUCCAUUCGCGUAUGCAGAGAUUUGAUUACUCGUCGUUCUUUGGGAUAUGCAUACGUUAAUUUCCAGCAACCUGUUGACGCCGAACGUGCUUUGGAUACAAUGAAUUUUGAUGUUAUCAAGGGACGCCCGAUCCGUAUUAUGUGGUCCCAACGCGAUCCUUCGCUGAGAAAAUCUGGUGUAGGCAAUGUCUUCAUCAAGAACCUCGAUCGCUCCAUCGAUAACAAAGCUAUGUACGAUACAUUCUCUGCCUUUGGUACUAUUCUCAGUUGCAAAGUAGCUCAAGACGAGAAUGGCACCAGCAAAGGUUACGGUUUUGUCCACUUUGAAACCGAAGAGGCAGCUAACAAAUCCAUUGAAAAAGUAAAUGGUAUGUUGCUCAAUUCCAAAAAGGUAUACGUAGGCAGAUUUAUCCCACGCAAAGAACGCGAAAAGGAACUUGGAGAAAAAGCCAAAUUGUUCACCAACGUGUAUGUCAAGAACUUUGGUGAAGAUCUAACUGAAGAACAGCUGAGAAUAAUGUUCGAGAAAUAUGGUGUCAUCACCAGCUACAAGAUCAUGAGCAAAGACGAUGGCAAAUCCAAAGGUUUUGGUUUUGUUGCCUUCGAGAGCCCUGAAGCCGCAGAAACUGCUGUUGAGGCGCUAAAUGCAGGUAAAGAAUUGGUGGAGGGCAAGCCUUUGUACGUUGGCCGCGCUCAGAAGAAAGCAGAACGUCAACAGGAAUUGAAGCGUCGUUUCGAGGCAUUGAAAAUGGAGAGGUUGAACCGUUACCAGGGCGUCAACUUGUACGUGAAGAACCUCGACGACACCAUCGACGACGAACGUUUGAGAAAGGAAUUCUCCCCAUUCGGAACAAUCACCUCGGCCAAGGUGAUGAUGGAAGAAGGCAGAAGCAAAGGAUUCGGUUUUGUUUGCUUUUCUUCUCCAGAGGAGGCCACCAAGGCCGUGACGGAGAUGAACGGGCGCAUCGUGGGCACGAAGCCGCUCUACGUCGCUUUGGCUCAAAGGAAAGAGGACCGAAAAGCGCAUUUAACGUCGCAGUACAUGCAACGCAUGGCCAACAUGCGCAUGCACCAGAUGGGCCAGUUCAUCCAGCCCGGCUCUAGCGGCUACUUCGUGCCGACGAUCCCUGCGCCGCAGCGCUUCUACGCCGCCGCGCAAAUGAACCAGAUCCGCACUAGCCCGCGCUGGCCUGCGCAGACGCAGGUGCGCGCCGGCGGCGGCCAGGGCGGCGCCGCAGCGUACGCCGGCGGCCAAGGCCAAGGCGGCAUGCCCAGCGGCGGCGGCGGCGGCUACAGGGCCGCCGCCAGGCCGCCCAACAACCAGUCGGCGGCCAUGCGCGGCAACAUGAACGUGCCUCGGCCCAUCACGGGCGGACAGCAGCAGCCCGGCGGCCAGGGCGGCAUCCAGGGCCGCCCGCUCGCCGGUCAGGGGCAAGGGGUCGUGCCGUCCGGAGGACAGGGGCAAGGCGGCCGCCCGGCCAACUUCAAGUACACCGCCAACAUGCGCAAUCCGCCGCAGUCGAUGGCGAGCGCCGCUCCCGUGCAGCAGGCGGUGCACAUUCAGGGCCAGGAGCCGCUCACUUCGAGCAUGCUGGCCUCGGCGCCGCCGCAAGAGCAGAAGCAGAUGUUGGGCGAGCGGCUGUUCCCGCUCAUUCAGCGCAUGUACAGCGAUUUGGCCGGCAAGAUUACCGGCAUGCUGUUGGAGAUCGACAACACCGAGCUGUUGCACAUGUUGGAGCACAACGAAUCGCUUAAGGCCAAGGUCGAGGAGGCCGUGGCCGUGUUGCAGGCCCACCAGGCCAAACAGGCGGCUCAAAUUAAAAAGGAUUAACUUCCUUCUUCUAGUAUAUCUCUCACUCAGACAUACAUACAUAUAGUACUUCUUCUUUUUAGUUCUUUUUCUAAUAUAAUACACAGUUAAAUAAAAAUAAAAAAAUUGAAAACUGUCCUAUGACAAAAAAAUGUUACAUAAAAAAGCGAAACACUACCAUUUGUUUAACAACUCGGCUACAAAGACCAUUUGUAGCUCGAUACUAAACAGUUUUAAAUAAAAAUUAAAAGUUGAAAAAUUUUGUUCAUUUGUAAUUUUUUUGCUUGUUUGUAGUUUUUCGCUAUGUUUUUAAAUUUCCAUCCUAUUUUAUUUUUUACAAACGCCUAUUUUAUUGUAUCUUACCCAACUAUUACAUUGCUUAAAAACUUGUAAUACCUAGGCGUUUAAAUUAUUCAAUUAAUUAUCCACUUGUAUUCUAAAUCUACAUUUAUUAAUUUCAAUAAAAUUAUUAAUCAUAAUUGAAUUAUUUAUAAUUUUUAAAUUGGUUUGUGGAUACUUUCGUUUCCUUUUG